AUGAGUUCUGAUAUUGGCGGUAUAGCUCAGGAGCAUUUCCUUAAGAAAGGAUCGCCCCCUUGUAUUCGCGAAUUUAACGGUACUGAUGGCGAAGGGGGACUGCAUUUUGGGGAGACGGCUCAGGUCUCCACAGUAUCGCCCAACACCACUGAUCGAGUUUGGAGUUGCCUCGUGGAGAAGGAGGACGGGACGUGUAUCAUCGUGCCGGACCACUACCUGGUAGAAAUCGACGACUCCUCGAACGAAUGGGUAAAGCCCAAGCAGCUCUUCGUUGCCCUCAACAUCGCAAAGGCCACUCAAUACAACCACCUUAACGUCCAUACGGGCCGAGUCUACCGCUACCACUACAGCGAGUCGAGUAAGCCCAACAUGUGGUUCAUGGAGGAUGUGACGGCUUCGAACAGCUCCCAGAAGAAGGUGUGGGGCUGGAUCAAUAGCGAUAGUGUCCUCUUGGCGCGCCACAAGUCGGCUACUGCGGUCAACUACCCUGUUGUGGCACGACAGUAUUUGGCCAGACUGCAGAACACGGGGUCAAUGACGAGCUCCUCCGAGGCCGUAGCGAAGUACCGUGAGUUGGCCUUUGACAGGCUGUGCAUCGUGGUGGCAGCCUACUCCCCAACAGAACGUGAGGCUUCUGGUAUAGAGAUUGCUGAACAUGAUUACGUCUAUGUGAAGGACUGCCUGUGGGAUAUUGCAGGGUGCGGUUUUGCGUACGGUCAUAAAGAAGGGUGUUUAGAGGAAGGCUGGAUGCCCACUCGGUGCCUGGUUAAUGUCGAGAUGUUGCGAGUGGCCACUGGGGGAGGAGGCAAGGCAUGGGAAUAUGUUAUAACGUAUGAGGAGGACCGAUGGACUGACAGGAGGACUAAGAAAAUAGCUCCCAUUGGUGAUAGGAUGUGGGUAGUAGGACCUUCGAGGGACCAGUCCCUUGAGGGCCUGAAGCCCUUCGAGUCUGUAGUAGGACACUACUCAAUGGAGCUCGAGGAGUUGCCUUUGAACGACCCCAAGAUAUCUUUUCGCUGGAAGUCGACGGGAGAGGUCCUCCGAGGGUGGCUUGUCCUCAAGCUGUGCACCUGCAACUACGUUAUUCGAAAUGCUGAGGCGCUGUAUGCGAGAUCUCGGAGCAUCCUGGGGGAUGGUAUCACUCACGGCGUUUUAAGAAGAACUUUAUUUGCGCAUUUCUGUGCGGGGGAGAACGAGGUGGAUAUCAAGCCUAAGCUGGUACGCUUGCAAGAGGCUGGGGUGACUGUUAUACUGGACCCAGUGGACGAGGGUGAGGUCUCUCAUGUGGUAGCGUCGAGUAGUGGCACGGCGGGUCCUACUGUGUUAGGAAGGCACGAGGAGGGCAGGAGAUUCGAUUCCCGAGUGGAUCUUUUGAAAGCUGCUAUUUCUACAGUAAACAGUGCAGUAGAAGGGAAGGGGAUCGUAGCUAUGAAAAUCUCUCCAAUGGGUCCACCAGUGGUGCUAGAAAGAGUGUCCAAUAGAAUCAGGGAGCUCGAGUCAUUAUAUGCCAGUCGCUGUGGUGGGUCGGACUGUGCGCUAUCCUAUGAGGAAGUGAAGGAGGGAUGGGUUGAGAUGCAUGGUGAUGUUGAGGAAGAGGAGAUGCGAAUGAGGUUCGACAAGCUGGACGACGACGGCGAUGGAAAGGUCGACCCAAUCGAGUGGAUAAAUAGUUUUUCUGUGAUGGAGUUGUCGGAGAUGAACGUACACAGGCGUGACGAUGAGGUUGCUCUAUUACAGUCGAUGUAUGAUCGGGUGGAUGCGGCAUGCAAGGCGGCCUAUGAGGGAGGAGUGAGGAUUCUUAUCGACGCUGAGUGGACAGCUAUACAGCCGGCGAUCGAUAGAAUGGCGGCAUGCAUGAUGAGGAAAUAUAAUGGGGACGAUACUAAGGGGGCGAUAGUGUACAACACGUACCAAACGUAUUUGAAAAACACUCGUCGCCGAGUCCAUCGGGAUCUUCGUAUGGCCCAGCGAGAGGGAUAUAAACUCGGCUGUAAGGUAGUGAGAGGUGCAUACAUAGUAAGUGAGAGGGCCCUGGCUGAGAAGGAGGGCCGGGAGUCUCCUAUACAUGACACAUAUGAGGCUACUACGGCAUCCUACCACUCGAGCAUCGAGGAUCUUCUGAAGCACGCGUCGAGACCUAGUAUGAUCAUCGCCUCACAUAACGCGGGGACGGUGAGAUAUGCUGUCCAGACUCUCGAAGAGUGUGGCAAUUCAGAGGAAAGGCAGAAGCACGUCUACUUUGGCCAACUCCUCGGCAUGAGCGACCCCAUUACCUUCGUCCUAGCUGAUAACGGCUAUAAAGCGUAUAAGUAUGUACCUUACGGCCCGGUAAAGGAUGUCGUGCCGUAUUUGAUACGCAGAACGCAGGAGAAUUCGACACUUCUAGGCACACCCGCGGUAGCUGAGGAGAGGAAGAUGCUCUUCACUGAGCUCCGGCGUCGUCUCUUUGGUCGCCGAGUUGCGCCCAAAAUAUCUGCCCCGUGA